AUGUCACGCCGUGUCGUUAAAACUAAAAAUCGUUGGACAACGGCCCAGCUAGAACAGUUGGUAACAGUGUGGGAGAAAUACUACCAACAACUCAAGGCAGGCCGAGGCCAUGAAGAAAUUUACGAGAUGAUGGUAAAUGAACUCAAAACCGCGGGAUGCCUCGAAGCAACCGUAAAACAGGUUCGAGGACGCAUACAUAACCUCAGCGGAAAGUUUAGAAAAGAGGCAAGCGAGUUUCAGAGAACUGGUAUACCAUCGCAAUGGAGUUUGUACAACAAAAUUGCGAACUUCUUCGAAUAUACUGCUCCGAUGCGCUAUAAGAACAUAGGUCCCCCGGUGUACAACAUGUUAGAGUAUCUGGAUAUGGAUAUCGUCAUGCAGAAACACAUUGAAAGUCGCACGUCCAACAGGAAAAGAACAGAACAGUACGAAAAUCCGAGAGAGUUUGAGCUGGAUGAAAAUUCGCUGGAUAUGGAGGAUGAUGAACUUGAACCUGACGAAGAUUCUAUGGAUGUUGAAGGUGCAGAUCAAGGAGAAUAUUCCGAUAAUGUACAGUACGAUGAUGAAAACACGGCCGAUGGAUUUCAUGAAACAGAAGGUUCGAAAUCGGAUCGGCCUGGAGAAGAAAAGGCAAACAGGCAGGAACAAUCAGAGCCUGAAAAGAAAUCUGAAACAAAGAAGUCCGACACGAAGGGUAUUGGUACGGUACUGGAUACAGAUUCGUCAACAGAUACAGAUGAUGAUUGGUCUGUUGUGGAAUCAUCGGAACAGAUAUACAGAAAACGAAUGAUUCAUAUUAAAUCUUCCUUCCGGCAUGCAGUUAUUGAAAAUUUUUUGUCUCAACUGUUCAGCAAUCAGCUAUAUGCGGACGUUAUGUUAAUAACAUGCCACGAGGGUACCACGUGUGUAUUGCCAGCACAUCGAAUAGUUUUGGCAAAUUUUAGUGAGUUCUUCUCCAGCAUACUGGGAGCGCUGAAACCGAACACGAACGGGAAUCCAAUUACCAUAUGCCUUCAGCCAGACAUAUCGCAACCUGUAAUGCAGCUGCUGCUGCAGUUCAUGUACACAGGCAAAGCGUCAAUUGGGGAUGAACUCAUGGGCGAUUUUGUACGUUGCGCACAAAUUCUUAGAAUACGCGGUGUUUGGACUGAAGAACAUGCGGAGUUUGAUGAAAAGCGCAACAAACAGCCUUUUCAGUCUAGUAGAAAGCCUUCCGAGGCAGGCAGGAAGACAGCGAACGAAAGCGUUAGUUCCUCGUCCUCCUUGGACGAGGAACGCUCCACAACACACUCACAAGUAACGGUGAUCCCUCAAUCUUCAAAAGAUACAGGCAGCGAUACGGGAGAAACAAGCCAGCGGCCAACAAAGAGGCGCAAAAAAUUGACUAAGAAAGCGAAACGUAUGCGCGAAGAAAGCGACCAGAAAUUAGAAAAUAUGGAAGUAUCGUCUAUAAUCGGGUUUGAUCUGUUACGAUCAGAUACUGAAACUGAGGACAACAAACAGGAUGUAAAUGAAAAACAAGCGGAACGCAACGAUACUGGAACGAAGAUCAAGAAUGUCGAAGAUAAUGCAGUUGACCGUUUUGAAAGGAGCGAUUAUGGUAAACAUGACGAUGACUUCGACGAUGAGGAUGAGGAUGAUAGCGAAGAAGAUACGUGUUUAGAUGAUGAAGAAGCGGACGAAGAAUGCGAGACCGAAUACAUCGAGACGGAAACAGACACAGAGAACGCUAUCCACGAUACUGCGAAUGAGGAUUCAGUAAGCACAACAGCUGUGACAAUAACGGAACCAAGGCCAGAACAAGAAACUGCACCAACACCUGAAGAGAUAAUCGAGCUGGAAAAGAUACAACUUCAUGAUCGGAUAGAACAAAAUGGUAAUAUCAACGGAUUCAGCCCUCACGAUGAGGAUUCACACGAAAGCGCUCCGUCCCAUGACGAGGAAGAAUUAGUACGUGAAAUGCCAGUAUCGGUAAACACAAACCGACAGGUGCAAGUCGCUACAAAACCACCCGAUAUUCACCGUAAACUUAAAACCGUACCGUCAGCUUCACGUAACCAGCAAUCCUCCCUAAGGCAAACGAAUUCUCAGACUACCCAUUCAAGCAAACCGAUACGGCAAUUUAACCAGCAAACUUAUGCAAAACAAUCGACAAGUCGAGAUCAGUUCGUGCCCAAGGCACGGUCGGUGUACAGUUGUAAAAUAUGUGGCAAGCGCUUCAACACGAGCGACGGUUGGGUGGAGCACGUGGUUUACGAACAUUCUAAAGACGAGCAGCUAACGGUCAACAAUUCGGAAGAACACCUGACGAUGUUGCAGUGCGAUCUGUGCAGUAAAUAUCUUGGUUCAGAAUACGAUUGGGUGCAUCACAUAUUGAAGAAACACACGGAACGGUACCCUCAUUUUCACGAGGAGCUCUCGAUGUCGGACGAAUGAGUAUUACUUCGGUCGUCUUCCAAUGGAAUGCGUUGAAGAGAUGUGGCAGAGUUUACUUUACGUUGUUUAUUUUAUUCAGAUUAUCGGGCUGUACAGAAUUUGUUUGUAGCCCUGUAUUUUUAGACGUUAGGCGCUCCACCCGUUUGUAUAACACUGUUCCAGGGAAGGUUGAGUUAAAGUGAUAAUCCUGCGUACCUUCCUGUUGUAGUAAAUGUUGUCCCGCAGCGCAUUGAUGAAGUCGUACAAUGCCAGUAAGUAUGAAUGGGAGAAGUUGUUGGACAAUGCGCUUCUGGGAAUCUAGCCACCAACGGUCGUGUAUAUGGAACAAGAUCACUUAAAUGAGCCAAGCUCCAUGGAAAAAAAU